AUGGAUAGAUUUAAAUUGCCUUCAUUUGGCAAAGCCUCCAUCACCCAUUCUGCACCGGAUAUGUCUAAUGUCGAUUUUGCAACACAUCAGUUAUUAGUUGGUAAUUGCCCAAAUAAUUCAUAUGCGUUAGCAAAUGUUGCGGCAGUAUCACCUAAUGAUUUCCCAGACAAUAUUUAUGUCAUGGUUGAUAAUUUAUUUGUUUUUACUACAAAACACUCCAAAGAAUUACCACCGGGUACAAUUGGGUUAAAUGGUAAUCAACGUACGUGGGGUGGUUGGUCUCUGAAUCAAGAAAUCCAGGCAAGAGCGUUUGAAUUAUUUAAAUAUUCAGGUAAACAUUCAUACAUAGGUACAAUGGAUGUUGAAAUAUCUUUCAGAACAAGAGGUAAGGCUGUAAGUACUCCAUUUGAUCAAGACGAAUUAGCACAACACUUUUUGAAAUUAUUCGAAUCUCAGAUAUUCUCCCCAACUCAAUAUUUGAUAUUUGAAUUUAAAGGAUUUAUAUUCGACAUCAAUAUUAGAAAUAUUCAAAUGAUUGAUUUAGGUGAUGUUGAUGCAUCUUCACCAAGUGUUACUGGAAUCGAAGCUAAAGGUAUUUUAACUAAACAGACACAACUAAAUUUCUUUAAAGGUAAAGAUGGUUUGGUUAACUUAAAAUCCUCUAAUUCAUUGAGACCAAGAUCCGAUGCUGUCAUCAGAUCUGAUUUUAAAUUUGAAGAUUUAGGUGUUGGUGGUUUAGAUAAAGAAUUUACUAAGAUUUUCAGAAGAGCUUUUGCUAGUAGAAUUUUCCCUCCUGCAGUUAUUGAAAAAUUAGGUAUUACGCAUGUUAAAGGUUUACUGUUAUACGGUCCACCGGGUACUGGUAAAACAUUGAUUGCCAGAAAAAUUGGUACUAUGUUAAAUGCCAGGGAACCAAAAAUUGUUAACGGUCCAGAAAUUUUAAGUAAAUAUGUUGGUUCCUCUGAAGAGAAUAUUCGUAACUUAUUCAAAGAUGCAGAAACUGAAUAUAGAGCUAAAGGUGAUGAAUCAUCCUUACAUAUUAUUAUUUUUGAUGAGUUAGAUUCUGUUUUCAAACAAAGAGGUUCCAGGGGUGACGGUACUGGUGUCGGUGAUAAUGUAGUUAAUCAAUUGUUAGCUAAAAUGGAUGGUGUCGAUCAAUUGAAUAAUAUCUUAGUCAUUGGUAUGACUAAUCGUAAAGAUUUGAUUGAUAGUGCUUUACUGCGUCCGGGUAGAUUUGAAGUUCAAGUUGAAAUUCAUUUGCCAGACGAGAAAGGUAGACUUCAAAUUUUUGAAAUUCAGACAAAGAAAAUGAGAGAAAAUAACAUGAUGGAUAAAGAUGUUAACUUAGCAGAAUUAGCUGCAUUAACUAAGAAUUUUUCUGGUGCAGAAAUUGAAGGUUUAGUUAAGAGUGCAAGUUCUUUUGCUAUUAACAAAACUGUUAAUAUUGGUAAAGGUGCUACAAAGUUAAAUACUAAAGAUAUUGCAGCUUUAAAGGUUACGAGAGAGGACUUUUUGAAUUCAUUAAAUGAAGUUACUCCAGCCUUUGGUAUCAGUGAAGAAGAUUUGAAAUCUUGUGUUGACAAUGGUAUAAUCAAAUUUUCAGAAAGAAUUGAAGCCAUUUUAAAACAUGGUGACAGAUAUGUUCGCCAAAUCCGUGAAAGUGAGAAAACUCGUCUUGUUUCAUUAUUAAUACAUGGUCCUGCAGGUUCAGGUAAAACUGCGCUAGCUGCUGCCAUUGCCUUAAAAUCUGAAUUUCCAUUCAUUAGAUUAAUCUCUCCAAAUGAUUUAGUUGGUAUGUCAGAGAAUGCUAAGGUUGCGUAUAUUGAUAAUACUUUCAGAGAUGCGUAUAAAUCUCCAUUGAAUAUUUUAGUCAUUGACUCUAUUGAAACAUUGGUUGAUUGGGUUCCAAUUGGUCCUAGAUUUUCUAACAAUAUUUUACAAAUUUUAAAAGUUGUAUUGAAGAGAAAACCUCCACAAGAUCGUAGAUUAUUAAUUAUGACAACCACCAGUUCAUAUGCAGUUUUACAACAAAUGGAUAUUUUAGGUUGUUUUGAUAACGAAAUUGCUGUUCCAAAUAUGAGCACAUUAGAUGAAUUUAAUAACGUAAUGAUCGAUACAAACUUCUUAGAUGAUGCUAAGAGAGUCCAGGUUAUCAACCAAUUAUCUCAAAUCGCUCCAAAAAUCAACUGUGGCAUUAGAAAAGUUUUGACGAAUUUAGAAACUGCUAAACAUGACGAAGAUCCAGUGAACGAAAUUGUUGAUUUGAUGGCUACAUCUUCGUGA